AUGGCGGAUUUCGACGAGAUCUAUGAGGAGGAGGAGGACGAGGAGCGGGCCCUGGAAGAGCAGCUGCUCAAGUACUCGCCGGACCCGGUGGUGGUCCGCGGCUCCGGUCACGUCACAGUAUUUGGACUGAGCAACAAAUUUGAAUCAGAAUUCCCCUCUUCAUUAACUGGAAAAGUAGCUCCUGAAGAAUUUAAAGCCAGCAUCAACAGAGUUAACAGUUGUCUUAAGAAGAACCUUCCUGUUAAUGUACGUUGGCUACUUUGUGGCUGCCUUUGUUGCUGCUGCACUUUAGGUUGCAGUAUGUGGCCAGUUAUUUGCCUCAGUAAAAGAACACGAAGAUCGAUUGAGAAGUUAUUAGAAUGGGAAAACAAUAGGUUAUACCACAAGCUGUGCUUGCACUGGAGACUGAGCAAAAGGAAAUGUGAAACGAAUAACAUGAUGGAAUAUGUCAUCCUCAUAGAAUUUUUACCAAAGACACCGAUUUUUCGACCAGAUUAG